GAAAUACCUGUAAGAAGGAAAGUGUGUAUAUUGUUUUGUUGUUGAAUGUAAUACAGGAGAUUUCAUGGAAACUCGAGCCAUUUCGGCAGUUUUACCCCUUGGGUUCUUCCUUCUUCUCCACGUUUCAAUGGCAGCUUCAGAUCCAAAUCCAACCCAAGACACCUUCCUCCAAUGCCUUUCCAAUUUUUCCCAAGAUUCCUCCCCACCGAUCUCUGCAGUCACGUAUUUCCCCACCAACCCUUCAUACACAUCCAUCUUAAAUUCAUACAUCAGAAACCUUCGCUUCACAGACCCCCAAACCUCAAAACCCUUAUUCAUAGUCGCCCCGACAAACUUUUCCCACAUCCAAGCUUCAAUCUUUUGCUCCAAAAUCCAUGCCCUGCAAGUGAGAAUCCGCAGUGGGGGUCACGACUAUGAUGGCCUCUCUUAUGUGUCUGAACUUCCGUUCAUCAUCAUCGACAUGUUUAGUCUUCGAUCUAUAAGUAUCGACAUAGAAGAUGAGAGUGCUUGGGUUGAGUCUGGUGCGACACUCGGUGAAGUUUAUUACAGAGUUGCAGAACAGAGCAAGAUCCAUGGCUUCCCAGCUGGUGUUUGCCCGACUGUUGGGGUUGGAGGGCACUUGAGCGGAGGCGGAUAUGGUAAUAUGAUGAGAAAGUAUGGCCUUUCUGUUGAUAAUAUAAUUGAUGCUUUAAUUGUUGAUGUUAAUGGAAGAAUCUUAGAUAGACAGUCAAUGGGAGAAGACCUUUUUUGGGCUAUUAGAGGUGGAGGCGGAGCUAGCUUUGGUGUGAUUGUUUCUUGGAAAAUCAAAUUGGUUUCCGUCCCGGAAAUUGUCACUGUUUUUAGAGUCGAGAGGACUUUAGAACAAGGCGCCACCGACAUUGUUCAUCGGUGGCAAUAUGUUGCUGAUAGAAUUCAUGAAGACCUUUUCAUUAGGGUGGUUGUGAUGCCAGGGAAUAAGAAGGGACAUCAGACAGUGAAAGCCAAAUUUGUGGCAUUGUUUCUAGGAAAUGCAGAAAGGCUUCAUGCUUUGAUGGAUGAGAGCUUACCCCAAUUGGGUUUGAAGGAUGAGGAUUAUUCCGAAAUGAGCUGGAUCGAAUCGGUUUUGUAUUGGUCUAAUUACGCAAUUGGAACUCCCACUGAUGUGUUGCUUGAAAGACAAGAAAAAUCAAAAAAGUUUCUGAAGAAGAAAUCUGAUUAUGUCCAAGAGCCAAUGUCAAAGGCAGGUCUUGAAGGACUUUGGAACAAAAUGAUGGAACUGAAAAAGCCAGUGCUAACAUUCAAUCCCUAUGGAGGAAAAAUGAGCGAAAUUUCGGAGCUCGCAACCCCGUUUCCACAUAGAGCAGGAAAUGUGUACAAAAUCCAGUACUCGGUGAAUUGGAAAGAAGAGGGUGUGGAGGCUGCAGACAGAAAUAUUGAUCUGAUAAGAAGGCUUUAUGAGUUUAUGACUCCUUAUGUCUCAAAGUCACCAAGGUGUUCAUAUCUGAAUUAUAGAGAUGUUGACUUGGGUACAAAUGGAAAUGGCAAUGCAAGCUACUCAGAAGCUAGGGUUUGGGGGAGAAAAUACUUCAAUGGGAAUUUUGACAGAUUGGUACAAGUGAAGACUGCAGUAGAUCCAGGAAACUUUUUUAGUUAUGAACAAAGUAUUCCAUCUCUUACAGCUUGGGAGGGUAAAAUGGCCGAGUAAUGGCUGCUUUGUUUAUACUUUCUCUCUCUCUCUCUCUCUCUCUCUCUCUCUCUCUAUAUAUAUAUAUAUAUUACUUAUCGAUUGGAUUGUGAAGUUGUAAAGAUCAAGAAAUGAGUAUUUAUUUCUGAUAAAGAUAUUGUGGAUGGUAUUAAGAUUUAAGACAAUAUUAGUGCGGCAGUAAACUUUUCUACAAA